AUGGCAGCUGCUCAAGAUGUCGAGCUGGAUGCGCCCACAGGCAGCCAAGCUGCGGAGCUGGACGAAGGCCAAGCAAUUUGCUGGAUCUGCCGCGAUCCAGACAGGCAGGAGCCUUUGGUGGCACCUUGCCGCUGCCGGGGCAGCAUGCGGGGCGUCCAUGCGAGCUGCAUCGAGUCCUGGAUUGCUGCGAGAACACGACAGCGAUUGCGGCCUGAACUGCAGGGUGGCGACCAUGUGCAACCGCAGAUUUGUUGCGACUUGUGUGGUGAGCCGUACCAAGCAGAACAUCAUCCUGCUCACCUCUGCGAUUGCUUGAAGGCGCACAUGCGUGAGUGUUUGGAGCAACUGCAAGAUGAACUUGGCACUCUUGGUCUCCGACGAGUGUGUGGAAUCGUCUUGGGAAAUUGUUGGCUGACUUGCGUCAUGAUGGGAAGCGCCAUUCUGGUUUCAGACAUUCUUAAGGAGGCA